UAAAAAUGGAGACCCUGUUGUCACCAUGGGAACUGGACAAACAGGACAUUCAUUUCGAGCACAUGAUCGGCGAGGGAGAGUUCGGACACGUCGUGCGGGGAAGACUGCGCGUUCCCCAAGGCUACCAGGUUUUGGUGGCCGCCAAGAGUAUCCGGCCCGACCGCGUGACAGCGUCGGCUGUCCGCGACUUUCGCCGCGAGAUGGACAUCCUCGCCAGAAUCCACGAGGACAAGGAUGGACACCCGAACGUGGUCAAGUUUUACGGAGUUCUGACUAAAUCGGAGCCACAGUACAUUGUUGUAGAGUACGCGACUAAUGAAGAACUGCGGCGGUACCUGUGGAGUCUGAGAGAGCAGUUUAAGGUGACAGGACAUAGGAAACUGUUAGAACGACUCGGGUUUGCUUCUGGCGUGGCCAGUGGGUUAUCGGAGCUGGCACGUCUGAAGAUCGUGCACAGGGACAUCGCAGCUCGUAACGUCGUCAUCAGCGACAGGAAGGUGGCCAAGAUCGCGGAUUUCGGGCUGUCUCGCGACGUUUACGUGUCGUCGGCGUACAAACGCACCAACCAGGGCGGGGAGGAGGAGCUGUUGCCGCUGAAGUGGAUGGCACUGGAGUCGUUACGGGACGGGGUGUACACGUGCGAGAGUGACGUGUGGUCGUACGGCGUGCUGCUGUGGGAGAUUGCUAGUUUCGGGGAGGAGCCGCGCUAUGCUGGCGGCCCGAUGCACCCGGACGUGUGCACGCUGUUGGAGCUGUUGAGGAAAGGAGUCCGCCUGCAGCAGCCGGAGAACUGUCCGCUGUCGGUGUACCGCAUCAUCAGGUCCUGCUGGAUAGUCGACCCAUCAAAGCGACCGACUCCUGAAGAGCUGCUGCAAAAGAUAGACCAGCUGAGGCCACGGAGGGAUGCUGCUCACCUCGUUGAUCAUGGCAUUUCAUGGCAAUGA